UGUCAAAUGUAAAACAGUACUUACUAAUAAAGAAAUUAAUUAAAAAUAAAUAAAUAAAUAAAUAUGAUUAAAAAAACUCCAGUUGCUUUGACAGGACCAGGCCAAAUGACUGAGCUCAGUCCAGAUAUUCUGUUCCUCUAUUUUAGCCCAGUAAGAAAAAAAAAAAAAAGAACUCAGGAAAGACAAGGUGGCCCCAGAUCUUUAAAAAGGGUUCUUCUAGUAAUUUUGUGAUCAUAACAAGGCUCUAGAUGAGUGUUAUUCCCUUCAUAUCCCAAAGGAUACUCCAAAAACGACAAGCUAAUUGCACAGAGUUGAGACAUUUCCAGACCUUGUUCCUCCUAUUACUGAGACUCUUUCAUUCUGCAGGAAAAGAAGUUUGCUAUGAAAGGCUAGGCUGCUUUCAAGAUGGUCCACCAUGGACAGGAACUUUGACAAGACAGCUGGCAAGUUUACCCUGGUCUCCAGAGAAGAUAAAUACUCGUUUUCUGCUCUACACAAGACAGAACCCCAGAGUCCACCAGGAGAUCAGUGCGGUUAAUUACGUCACUAUCCAAUCCUCACACUUUGGGACAGACAAGAUCACUCGCAUCAACAUAGCUGGAUGGAGAACAGAUGGCAGAUGGCAGCAAGACAUGUGUAACGCGUUUCUCAAAGUGGAGGACGUGAACUGCAUCAACCUGGACUGGAGCAGUGGUUCCAGGGAGUAUCUGCACGGCAUCAACAAUCUCCGUGUGGCUGGCGCAGAGCUGGCUUAUUUUAUCGAUGUUCUUGUGAAGAAAUUUGGAUACAGCCCUUCUCAAGUGCACCUGAUUGGCCACAGCCUGGGAGCACACCUGGCGGGGGAAGCAGGAUCCCGGACACCAGGCCUCGGGAGGAUAACGGGGCUGGACCCGGCGGGGCCUUACUUCCACAAUGCUCCCAAUGAGGUCCGUCUGGACCCUUCAGAUGCCAGCUUUGUCGACGUCAUCCAUACAAACGCAAUUCGCCUUCUCUUCAACUUUGGUUCGGGCACAAUCGAUGCUUGUGGUCAUCUUGACUUUUACCCAAACGGAGGGAAGCACAUGCCUGGAUGUGGGGACAUAGUCACUACCCUUUUAAACUUUCUUUUCACUUCUCCGAAAGAAAUAAUCUCCUUCCUGAGUUGCAACCAUGCCCGAAGUCAUCAGUUUUACACUGAAAGCAUCUUCAACCCUGAUGCAUUUGUUGCUUACCCCUGUAGAUCCUACGAAUCCUUUCAAGCUGGAAACUGCUUCCAGUGUCCCAAAGAAGGUUGCCCAGUGAUGGGUCACUUUGCUGAUAGAUUUCACCUCAAAAAUGUGAACCCCAAUAGGUCAAAUUAUUUUUUAAACACAGGGAGUCUGUUCCCAUAUGCCCGUUGGAGGCAUAAGCUGUCUGUCACACUUAGUGGAAGCAGUGUCACCCUAGGGAGCAUACUGCUUCUCCUGGGGGGAACCACAGGGAAAACGGGGGCAUUACUAAUUGCCAAUGGAACACUGAACCCAGGCGUGACCUACACAAAAUUAAUUGAUGCAGACGUGAAUGUUGGCAAUAUUGCAAGUGUUGAGUUCAUUUGGAGGGAUCAUUCCUUUGGACAUUCUCAAGAUAAGUUGGGAGCAAAAAUAGUGACAGAUAAAUCUGGAAAAUAUGGACACAAAUCCACCUUCUGUGGUCAAGACACGGUAGGGCCUACAAUUACCCAGAUCCUGGAGCCAUGCUAAUCCAUAUGUAGACGUGAUGGAUUUAUUUAAUGAAAGCAACAAAAAUCACAAUCUCCUUCCAGAUGGUAUAUGAGCCAAACUUGGUCCUUGUAAAUAAGAUGGCAAAGUUCAGUUGCAUUCUGGUAUAGAAUUUUUUUUUUAAAUCUCUGAUGUACUUUAGUAUGUGCCUUUUAAGAAAAGGCUGAUCCUAUUUUUAAGUGUGUUAUAACACAAUACUGUGAUCUACGAUAUCUUGAUGUCAUGGCAAUAUGGAGCUGUGUUGGAAUGCCCCUGGAUAAGAGAAGGUGGUACUAAACUGUGGUGACAUAAACAUAACAGGUGGAAUUAAGACUUGGUUGUGUAUUUGGAGGACAUUUAGAGUACUUCCGGGUAGAAAAAUCAUUGUUCUAAAAUGAUUUAAGAAGUAUUUAUUGUGUUGUGCAAUCUUGCCUUGACACAUUUUUGGCUAUGGUUUAUAAUAUAAGUAUAUCAUAACCCCAUGGGUUGAUGCUUCUGAUAAUAAUGAAAACUAGUGAGAAUGCAUGAUAGCAUUGCCAAGAUGUUCCUCAGUCCUCAAGAUGUGUAUGAAGGGAGAGGGACUUUGGAAAGUUCCUAUGAUGUGUGCAUCUUUUGGUGGCUGAUCCUAAGAAUCACCAGCCCCUUCUAGAAGUCUGCUUUCCCAGGAGAAAUUAUUCAUCACCUUGGGGUCUUGGAGUUCACUUCUGUAUUUAGCCUGAAGGUAAUAUUUCAUUGGUAAAGCACUUGGCCAGCCCACUCUAGUUUAAAUAACAAGACUGUAUUAUUUAAAUGUGUAGGCUCUGUAUUUUAUUUGGCUUCCACUUCUAACUUAUUUGUUCUUGUCCAGUGAAAAUGAAGGACAACUAUUUUAUUUGCUCUGUUUCCUAUCACUGGGUUCAGUGUUUAACCCCACAGCACUGAGCUGAAGAUAUUGUUGAAAAGAAAUGACACAGAGACUCUGCAGACAGUUUCUCUUGAUUCUUUUUAGUAUCUUGCUGACAAUGAACCUUAGAAGGAAGCCCAUGAAUGUGCAUGGACUCACACUGUGGCAGAAACCAGAGGAUAAAGUCUAGUCAGUCUUUUCUGUUGGAGGAAAAAUGGAAAGAGCACAAGGAAGGUGGGGAGGAGAGAGAACAUACCCAGAUGAAUGGUUUGCAUUCCUGCUGGGCAUAUUGCCCUAUGCCUAGACUGUGCAUCUCCAUGGAGUACCCCAACCCUCCUGUGUCCUUUUGCAUGAUCCCCACACCACUCAUCAGCCUGUAUUUGCCAAUCUGGUGGCAACAUUAACACCAUGGCUCUAGAGGAGAAGUCGUUCUUUAACAAAAGCUGGUCUGAGCCCACAUUGUUCUCUGCUCUCCCAGUCUGCUUUCUCUUACUCACCCCCCAUUUUUAUUUUUAUUUAAAAUGUUUUAUUGUUAUUAUUUAUUUACUGGCUAUAGACAACCAGAAAUCAAGAGGGGAGGGGUGAUAGGAAGGGAGAGAGACAGAGAGAUAACUGCAACACUGCUUCACCACUGCAGGUGGGACUGGGAGCUUGAACCUGGGUCCUUGCACAUUAUAACAUGUGUGCUCCAAUUUGUAAUAGCCAAAACCUGGAAGCAACCCAGGUGUCCAACAACAGAUGAGUGGCUGAGCAAGUUGUGGUGUCUGUACACAAUGGAAUACUACUCAGCUAUGAAAAAUGGUGACUUCACUGUUUUCAGCCGAUCUUGGAUGGACCUUGAAAAAUUCAUGUUAAGGGAGUCCGGCAGAAGCACAGCGGGUUAAGCGCACAUGGCACAAAGUGCAAGGACUGGCAUAAGGAUCCCGGUUCGAGCCCCCAGCUCCCCACCUGAAGGGGAGUCUCUUCACAGGCGAUGAAGCAGGUGUGCAGGUGUCUUUCACUCCCCUUCUCUGUCUUCCUCUCCUCUCUCCAUUUCUCUCUAUCCUAUCCAACAAUGACAAUAACAAUAAUAACUACAACAAUAAAACAACUAGGGAAACAAAAGGAAAUAAAUAAAUAAAUAUUAAAAAAAAUAAAAAUUAAUGUUAAGUGAAAUAAGUCAGAAACAGAAGGAUGAAUAUGGGAUGAUCUCACUCUCAGGCAGAAGUUGAAAAACAAGAUUGGAAGAGAAAACACAAGUAGAACCUGAACUGGAAUUGGUGUAUUGCACCAAAGUAAAAGACUCUGGGGUGGGUGAGUGGGGGGGAGAAUACAGGUCCAAAAAGGAUGACAGAGGACCUAGUGGGGGUUGUAGUGUUACAUGAA